UGACCCUCAGGUUGUGCGCGCUGAGCGGAGGAGACUCAGGCCAGGCAGGGACGCGCUGGCCCCUGGGACAAGGGACAAGGGGCAGAGCGGGGGUUUUGUGGGGUGGAGGCUGAGCUGGCUGGGGAGGGGUCCGUAGGACGCUGAGAUUUGGUGAGUUAUAACGGGAUUGGGGGGGAUUCCCCCUUCCAGAUUAGGGAUUCUCAGGGGCUGUGAUGCUCGUGGGGAAAAGUCAGUUUGUUUAGUCCCCCUCGCUCACACCCAAAAAGCUGUGAGCUUUGUAGUUAAAAAUUUAAUCUAGAUACCCCUCUAUAUGGUUGUAAAAGAAGAAUUCGAGUAAUAAAAGACUUUAAAAAUUGAAGUUGGCAAACGUACAUGGAUUUGAUUGGCUAAAAAAUUAUUUCUGUGCAGAUGGGAAUCAGUGUGGCUUGUAUGUAAUUAUUUUUACACUUCUAGAAUAGUAGCUAGAGUCAUUAAAGAUCUCACCUUAUGCGCUGGCAAUGAUGUAUUUAAAGAUGUAUCUGCUUAGUAGGAGAGCAUACAGUGGCUUGCUUUUCAGUCAAGGUUCCAUGGCAACUUGCCUUAGAAAAGGCAAAAGUUUAAUCAAGCCCUGUCUAUGUAGAAAUAUCAGCCUCUCUUGUCAGAGAUAUACAGUUAUGGCAUCGUGGAUAAUAGAUAGAUAUGGGCGAAAUGAUGUGCUACGAUUUACAAAUAACAUGAUGUUCCCUGUAAUACAUUUUCCAAAUGAAGUCAUUAUUAAAGUCCAUGCUGCAAGUUUAAACCCUAUAGAUGUUAAUAUGAGAAAUGGUUAUGGAGCAGCUGCUUUAAAUGCAAAACGUGAUCCACUGAAAUUGAAAAGCACCAGAAGUGAAUUUCCUCUAACACUUGGUCGAGAUGUAUCUGGUGUAAUUAUGGAAUGUGGGCUAAAUGUGUCCUAUUUCAAACCUGGAGAUGAGGUAUGGGCAGCAGUUCCUCCCUGGAAGCAAGGCACUAUAUCGGAGUUUGUUGUAGCUAGUGGAAAUGAGAUCUCUCACAAGCCCAAGUAUCUCAGUCACAUAGAAGCUGCCUCCAUACCAUAUGUUGGUCUAACAGUAUGGUCUGCAAUGAAACAAAUUGGGGGACUGAACCAAGAUAAUUGCACUGGGAAACGAAUAUUAAUUUUCGGCGCUUCAGGUGGAGUUGGUACCUUUGCUAUCCAGGUGAUGUAUUACAAUAAGCCCAGUGUGAGUCUUUUAUGAAAAUACUCUAUGAUCAAGGUUUAAAGGAAAGGAGGUGGGGGAUGGUGGUGGUGGUGAAUAAGCAAGCUACUGAAUGAUCUCAGUGCAAACCCAAAGGUAAGAGAGUUUGAAAAUCGUUUGAGAUUUAUCAUUUCCAUCUGGUUUGUUAUUAUCUUAGCCUAAAUUAGGAAGGAGUAGGGUUUAGGGGCAGAGAGGUUAUGGGUGUAGGAAGUGAACGAUUACACUUCAAGGCUUUAGUUACUGGGAAGGAGACUCCAAUUUCCAUGUGACUUGAAAUCUAUGUUUUCAUUAGAUUCCCUGCCUCCCUCACCCCCAAGUGGAAUAAACUGGUAUAAAUUGAUAAUGAUUUCAACAAACUGCUUUGUUUUCUGAUGUAAAUUCUCCUUAGUGUGUUAAUAUUUUUAUGUGCAUCAAAUAUAGUGUAGUGGCUUAGAAGGCAAUUUCCCCUCCCCACUUUUUUAAUCUCAAUAGUUCCUAACUUUGGGGAGAGGAGGUGUUUUUAAACUUGUUCUUAGUAUAUUUGCAUUAAAUUUGGGGCUUUUGAUUGAAAGCAAUGUCCCAUUACACUCAAGCAUCUUUGUCUUCAGAGUAUAAACAAAUACAUUUUAGAUGAUUGCACCAAGUGGUUUUUUGUUUUUUUUUUUUUUUAGAUUUCAAAAUUGUAAAUGUAAUAGCCUUUAGAAGAGCAUGGGAGAGUUUUCAGUGGUACGCUGUCUGCCUGAGCCUUGCUAAAGCAGGUUGCUAAAUGAGUUCAGUAAGCCACUGAGUAGUUGUGAUUGCUACCUGUCAUCAUGCAGAAUAACUCAUUCCUGUAUUAGGCUUAUGGUUGGCAAAUAUCAAAGAAGAUACUGUAAUGAAGAGUGAGAAUAAUGUAUACAAUAGAGGAUAAAUUAAAUAAUUAGCAAAAUUCCUUUCUGUUUGAGCAGCUUUGCAGACUAUAAACUAACCAGCCACCUUCCCUAUUAUAAAUUAGUGAUAGUUUUGCUCUUUGAAGUUUGCAGAUAGUUGGAUUAUUGUUUCUAGUGAGCUGAUUUACAACCAAAUAGUGUCUUUACACUAGAUUUGAUACAUCUUUUUUAUACCUAGGGUACACUAUAACCAUAUAUAUCUAUUCACGGAUAUAUAUAGCUUAAUACUUUCAGAUUCUUAUUAAUUGUACAUUCUUAGUAUGUUAGAAAAUGGUGAAUGAUAUAUUGCUUCUUUACUAGAUAAUUAACUUUUUGCUCAUGACUUGUGACAAGCUGCAUUAGGAUGGGAACCGGAAUUUAAUUAAACACACAAAAUAGCAUUAUUUUUAUUAAUGAAACAAGUAUUGAAUAGAGUUCAUGACCUUUUCUGAUAUAUUUACAAAGCUUGAGCUCAAAAGUUAGAUGUUUUUUCCCCUGAUGCUUUUUUCUAAUCUAGAAAAAGAGCCUUUAACUCAAAGUUUUUGAUAGAGGCUUAGGGAUUCGGCAUAGUUGUUUUUUACUUAAAUGUUUUAAGAGAUCAUAAUUUUACAACUUAACAUAUUUUGUAUUAAAUUCAUAUUUCAUUUUA